GAAUCGCAGACAACGAUAGCCUUGAGCGCUCAGAGCGUGCGUCUUCUCCAAAGCAUUCCAAGCAUAGUCAACAGUCCACAGGCCAUAAGCGAGAUGGCAGUACCGUUCGGCGUCUCCGUUGGUGACUUCCUUGCUGUUGGAAAGCUCAUUUGGCACGUCACCGUCGAGCUUCGCGAGAAUGGCGAGGCAGCUCCUGAGUACCAAUCCCUUUUGAUCGAGCUCGAGGCUCUUAACCGGGCCCUGCGCCAGCUCCACGCCCUCAGACCCGCGAAACAUGAGCUCCGCCACCUCAUAUCCAUUCAAGCCACCGCGCUCGCCUGUCAACAGCCACUCCAGGACUUCUUAGCAAAGAUUUCCAAGUUCGAGAGCCGCCUUGGAACAUUCAACGCUGCGCAGAACAGGUGGAAGGGACUCCCCCGCAGGAUGCAGUUCAGGAUCAUGUUCAAAGAGGACGUCAAGCAGCUGAGGUCGGCUCUAGCGAGCCACGUUGCGACCAUCAACCUUCUUCUGAUGACGCAGACCGUGGCUUCAACAUUGGCGGCCGAGGACGACAGGGAUCGUCUUGCAUCUAGCUUGGAGAGUAAAAUAUUAUGCCACCGGCAGCGCCUCGAGGAUGUCAAUGGCCGCAUUGAAAAGUCUUUGGAACGACAGCAGGAGAUGAAAUCGCAAUUACGAGACCAAUCUUCUGUCCUCGAUAAGUUGGGGAAAAAGGCAGAUGAAACUCACCAACAACUUGGUACCCAAGCAGUUUCGAUCCAGGGAAUCCAGACCAUCACCGGGAUUCUAGCUCUCGUAACAUCCGGGACGAUGCACCUUCGCCAAAUCAUUAAGCAGUUGCACAUGCUCUUCCGACUCUUCAAUACGUUUACGGCAGAGGCGCGAGCAGCCAUGUCUAAGCUUAUGGAACUUUUCCAUAGUCUUCAGACCACGCUUCAGCGGAUCGAUUGCAACCUACCCAUGCGCCUUUACCCUCCGAUUGUGCAGUUUACCACAGCAUUGGGGGGGCAACCGAUGGCAUUGCCUUAUGAGCUCUGCCAACAGUGGACGACCUUCAGAGAACUUUUGAGAGUCAUCUUCUUGGACAAGCCCGGAAAGGCUCGCGUCGACAUGGGCAAGUACUUGAUUAUGAAUGCCCGCGGAGGCAGGUUACUGGCAGAGGGUUCAUGGCAGCAUGCCGUAAAGCAAGAUGACCACUUAUCCAUGUCCAUUGUCCUUGACGAGCUCGCAGCACGGGCUGGUAGUUGCCCGUUUCCGACCUGCCAAGCUACCACAGAGGGUGUGAAAGUUGAGAAUGGAGGCCGCACAUGUCGCAACUGUGGUCGGUGGUCGCUGCUCAAGCCACGGGAUAGUAGCCACACCAAACCGAGGCGCACAAGAACGCCGCCGACGAAGAUACCGACAACAUAGACUCAAAAUUUUCAUCCGAGUCCAAAAACGGCUCGGGAGUGGACGCUCGGCCUAUUGAGGACAAUGAAGACAUCGAGCUCUACCGCCAGAUCCAGGUCUUUGACUGGUCACAGGACAGGUUAGCCCCUCAACCCCCGUCGCCAGCCCCUUCCAUGACAACCAGCUCAACU